AAGUACGAUAUUUCGUGACGUUUCCCGGGACACAGCGCUCCACAGAAAAGUGACCUGAGGCAAAGCUCGCCCGCCUGAAUGUGUGGCCGUGUCACCUCCCGGUAUUGUACUACUCCCUGCUGUGUAGUGACCUGUGCGGUCGUCUCGUGGUGAUUCUCUGAUACGCGGUCGACUCAGGGGUGUUACUAUUGUUGUGGACUUUGUCACAGCGCUACACGACAAGCCAAGUCACUACAGGAAACUUUGCUCGUAUUGAUCGAGCCCGGACACUAUUACAAUGGCGAGGCCUCGCUGGACUAUCCGUCGCUUGUCCGUACUCACGCUCCUUUUGUCAGUAUGGUCCGGAGCUUCGCAGAAACUAGUCACGGCACUCCUCGAUGAAAACAUUCAUGGGGCGGAUGCGCGACAAGCCUACCUACCUAAGACGAUCUUGGUGUUCGCGCAGGACAGCGAGGACAAUUCCAGCUGGCAUUUCAUAGCCGUUGACCUAUGGAGCCACGCAGCGGGCAGGCAUGUUCUAACGGUGAAACGCGACGAGCAAUCGUUUGUUGCGUGCGGAUAUGCUCUCGUGGAGCCUGACUUGGUGGUGUUCUACGGAGUAGAGCGUAGCGUGGAGAUCUGGAACCUGACCAGCGGUAAGGAAUCAGCAAAGUUUGAGUCGACUGGAUAUCCACUGUACACGAUAGGGUUCAACCCGUCAAGUAGACACAUCGAGGGUGUAUGCCAGGUGCAGGUGCCCAUGCAGAACUUCACUCAGACAAGCUGGUGCUACUUGGGUGAUGAGGGCGACCCGCGGCUCAUCCAUCGCAUCGACGACUCUCUGCUCGGGCAGGUGCGAUCGGCUUGCGUUACGCACAUCGACUCCGAGUCCGGCUCUACCGUGUGGUUUCCAACCUUCAUGUACCGGCAGCAAGAGGUGAACUGGUACUUUGUGGGCCAGUCCACUGCAGCGAAUACCAGUGCAGACAGUACUACGUGGAUUGGCGCCAUCAACGGCUCACUGCAGGGCCAUGACUCUUAUUUCCAUGAUGCCACCUUAAACAGAUCUUUUGCAAUACAGCUGAGCCCGGAUAACGCAACAUCACAGCUGGUCGAGAUCACACCGGCAGAGCACGCCGGCCCGGAGAGGAGGAACGAUCCGCCGCCGACGCUUCUCUUCGUGUUCCCUGGCAAUGCAAUGCUGUGCAGUGCAGGCACGGCGGUAUAUGACCUGGUGACGCACACCGUCUUUGCACUGAUGCAGCGACGGCUCAAAGCAGCAAGUGACGCUGCUGAACACAAUGCUUCAGAUACGCCUUGGUCAGAGCCGUACUUGGCCAGACUGAAUAUUAUGACGCUGCAGUUGUAUGCGCAGCCAAUAAGCUGGCCACCCUCGACUAAGAGACCGCUUCCGAAAAGCGUCAGAUUAUGGCAACCAAUGCCGGGUUUGUAGUCGUAGAUAACGAGACCUUGAUCUUAAGGAGAUGACAGUACCAGUGCAUUAGACUGUAACUGGUUUCUACCCAGGAUUUGGACAGCAUCAAGUUUGAUAUCAAUAUCCCCUGACUUGAAUUACUCGAUGAAGAACAUCCCCCUUCCGUCGCCAGCCCAGUACACAACCAGGCUAACGCGCCGCCUAUGUCAGAAUGUCCCACCUUGCUCCCCCUUAUGUUCAGGCUGCCCGUUUUGGAGCCAUCAGUUGCCUGAUGAUCGUGAAACUCAGAGUUGUGACAAAGCUUCCAAUCCCUCUUGUGCAUAAUCCUGAUAUAAUUUGGGCAUAGUGGAAAGCAUAAUUCAGCAAUCAUUAUUUACCGAGCAUAAUCGGCCAAGGGCUGUGUGUACUGAGUUCACCAUAGCAUUAGAUUGGACCGCAGCAUAGUAUAGCACCAUCAUUGGCAUAAUCAGUUCCAGCAUAAUGUAGCUUAAUGACUGGCAUCCUAUAGUUAUUUGGGCAUACUGGAAAGCAUGAUUUAGCGACUUGCCGAGCAUAAUCCGCCAAGGGCUAACAGUAACAGAGACUCGCCCGGGCGAUGUGUCCUGCUGAUCUGUGCCCUCUCCUUCUACCUACCUGUCUCUGGUCCACUGCCGUAUCACUGACACCAAGAAGGGCAAGAGUAGAUCUACAUCAUUCAUGAACGGGUUUGUAGAUCUACUCUUGCUGACAGACACUUCGUGGUUGCCAGUUCACGUGACCAUGGUGACAUACACAAGGAGUUUUCGAACUCCACUGCUCCAGAGUCCAUUGAGUCUUCUCGACUCAGUCGGUAUUCGCAGCUUGCGUAACAAACUCGGCCGACGAUAUUUCGUCCUGGUUCACGGUUGGGAGUUGGCAGCAUGAAAUACGCUUUAUGUGAGAAUCUUUACAGCCGUUGUAUGGCGUUGAAACGAGAACAGAACCUGGGCCGUGUUGCUUCUCCGCACAGCUCCGACAAGGGCUAAAUGCUGCGUGGGACGAGUCUUGCGAUUGGCUGUUCGCUUCACAAGUUAUAGAAGUCAGAAAAUUACCAUCGCCGUCAUUCAAUAAGCCCCAACUACUUAGCCUGUAUCGGCCAGUCAACAACUCCUCCCCGGGUCACAAGUCAAAGUGUCCGUAUUGCAUUGAACGUUAGGAGCGCGGAGCAAGUUCGGUAUAACGACAUCCAUCCUGAAGCGAGACCUGAGCUGAGCAGUCUGAAGAAGUUGCCGGGGGCACCAGAAGCACGGCCGGCUACCAAUGGUGUCGAUAAAGCGGGUGUUUGGACAUUUGGUCCGCAGCAGGACCGCCACACUGGUUUUCGUGGUGAUGUUUGCUGCAUUCACUGUUGUCCAUACUGUACGAUUAUCCACCUACUUAUAUGGAGUAUGGCAACAGCUGAAGCUGGCAAGUGUCCGUCACCAUCCAUCAGGCAAAGACAUCCCUGCAUCACACCCGCUGCCACCCCACGUUCCAUUCGUGUCCGCUCAGUACAAGAAAGUCGAUCAGAAGGAAGUGGAGCGGUCCAAUAAGUCUAGAGAAUGGUUUGCUAAGCACCUCUCCUACCUGGAGAAGCCCCAUGAAGAGAAAUUUCGAUUCACGAAGGAGGAUGUUAACCGUAUUAUCAAGAAGGAAGCGGCAAAGCAUCAACAUGACAAGCCUGUUCUUGCAGUCACCAAAACUGAUUUGAAAACAAUAACUAGACCUCCCGUUGCCAUCCAGCAAGCACAAGCCGCAAACAAUGCACUACCGAAAGUCAAACCAGUCCCAGCCAGAGCCAGCAUUGCCGCUGUUCCAACGCAGAACGGGGCGCAGCGACCGUUGGCCAUUCUGAACAUCCCGGACACAGCCGGAGACGCUUUACUAACAUAUCUGAGACUGCUACUGGGCUGCAAGCCAUGCACGUGUAGGGACCACCACAAGUGCUUACGUGAAUGUCCACGGCUAAUCAACCAGUGUGGCCACGGACCACUGGCAUCGAUGAGGACUCUGCUCAUGCAGACCCCGCCUGUUGCCAUGACAAUGUUGCGGUCCCCAGCGCUACGCCUUGCCAAAACGUUUGCAAAGGCCAGCAAGCACAUGCACCCGAAGUACGGCUGCUGCGGGCUGCCACAAUCCAUCGUGAGUGUAUUCAAGGCCGGUAAGGUGGACUUGCUGCAGUUCUCUGCCGUUCCCGGCGUACCCAAUGCUAUGACAAGGAUGCUAGCUGGUCACCUGCCAUCAGAUGCCAGGGUCAAUAUCACGGACAUGAUGUACAAGGAAGCCCUUGCUAACCUGCAGUCCAUGGAGUUCUUUGGCUUAGCCGAGUGUCUGGAGGACUCGCUAAUGCUGCUCAGGCAUACCCUCGUCUCUGCCGGCAUACUGCCCGAGAUUGGCUCCACCAAGUUUAUCCUACAGCAAGUUGCAACGGCAGUGCGAGGCGAGGCUGCAUGGCGUGGGCAAUUGAAAUCGUCAAUGGUCAUGGACUUGGAGCGCAUCAAUUCCUACGAUGCCCGCCUGUAUCGCGAGGCGAAGAUCCUGUUCAAGGCACGCCUGAAGAAGCUGGGCCGAAGCCCAUGCCAGGAUGCAAAGUGAAAACAACAAGAGAGGUAGAAUGUCGUAGAAGAGUUAGACGGCCACUAUCGCCUCAACCGCUGCAAGGACAGAACAUUGCAGUGCUUUAAAUCCGUCAGGAGUCAAGACAUACGAUGUAUACAGGUACAUGUAUGACACCAAGAUUCCAGUGCCAUUGCGUGCACUACAUACAA